AAUGUUAAAGUAAUACGACAGAGACUGAAGAGAGGGAUAGAAAAAGAAAGAUAAGGGAGAGAAGGAGAGGAAGCCCACACAUAGUGUUACGGAAAUUGUUGGAAAAGAAAGUGGCCGAUGAAAAUCGAAAGGCUUAUUUAUGCACUAAAUCCAUCCCACUAAAAAUUGUUUAUUCAAAAGACGGGUAUUAUGCUGGACAAGGUUGGUACAGUACAAGAAUAGAGAAGAGAAGAAACUGUCAUUAGAAAGAGAAGCAAACUUAUGACCUGUCCUGAACUCAAAAUCAGCGAAGUGAGUCAUCCAUGUUUUGUCAUCUACAGCAAACUCUCUUUACAGACAAGUCAGAUAUUAUAGCUUUAACUGCUGCUACUGUUCUAGUGACAUCGUUACUACUACUAAUAUAAGUCUUUACUAAUUUACCGAGGAAAAAUGAUCGAGACAUCUAGGACGAACUAAAUCUAUUAUAUUCGUAUAAAUUAUUUGUUUGUAAUAUCUUAUGUCUACGUAAACUCUUAUGAGCUUAGCAUUUUUAUACUUGUCAUAUGUAACGAGCAUGCAUAGAUGUAUACAGAUUUGUGAAUAGUUUGUACAUUGGGAUAUUGUUUAAUAUCUGUAUGUAGCUUAAUUUGAAAAUUAGAGAAAGAAAUUUCUUCCUCACAUCUAUUUUUUUAAUCGUAAGUUUAUUUUUUAUGAAGAAUAACGAUUUAUGACUCAUAGGGUUUUAUUUGUUACUACCGACAUCAUCGUUCUAAGAUUACUACGCUAUUUUCUAACUGUCUUUUGAACGAACUAGGAGGAAUAGAAAGAGAAAGAAGAGAACGAGUGUUUGUGAGUGAGAGGGAGAAAUUGUAUAAACAAGAAACCUCUUGGCUUAAAUUCGUAAUUUACGACUGAUUUUAACAGAUAAGAAAAAUACAGAAAGAAAAAAGAAAACAAAGGCGGUUAGAAAAACCAACAUAUCAACCUCGUAGUUUGGGACUAUAUUUCUACGCUUUUACAUAUUUUGUGAUCUUGUUUGUGAAUAUCUGACGUCUGAUAAAACCAAUUCCUUUUGUAAUUUCCAUUAUAACGAUGCAUCGAAAAUAUGUAUAUAGCAAAAAUUAUGCUAGUGUAAACUAACGAUCUGAUAAUUUCUUUCCCAACAAAAUUAUUUGAUUCAUUAAAUUUACUAUUUUUCUUUUUAAAUUACAAUUCUUUCAAUAUAAUAAUUCUAGGUAGGGUUCUUAUUUCAGACACUGAAUUAUCUUUAAGAGACAAGAAUAAAAGCGAACAAGCAGCUUUAGUUAUUAUACUACCAAUAAAUAAAUGUUGAGAUAUUCUGCAGGAGAGAAUUAGAGGAAUAAGUUAGUUAUAAGACAGCUAUUGAUAUCACUGACAGUCAAACAGAGUUAUGUUCUAUGUAAAGAUUUUCGACUUCCGUCAUGCCUCAUACCUAAUUCUGUUAUGAUUACGAUUUGUCAUUCUUAAAACAGGCAGCGAUAUAAUUCUACUCGCACACUCGCCUUCUGUUUGUUGUGAUCGCCAAGGUUUGUUUGUGAGUGAGGUAACAUAAAGCACUAUUUGAUCAGUUACAUUUUCACUUUCGCUUAUAUAUAUAUAUAUAUAUAUAUAUAUAUAUAAAACUUAAAACUUAGAUAUGUUUCAACCAAAGAUUGGUCCAGGCCAUGUCUAACUUAAUAGCACCCCCUAAAAGGAUUAUUCACAAUCACAAACACACGCGCGCAUUUAAUAGUCAGAUAUAACAUAAGAAAACAAACACAAAACACUAAUUUUAACACACAUUUUAGUUUAUAUAUUCUGGAAAAGUGACCUUUGCGGGAAGAAAAGGAGAAAAACCGGGUGCCCCAACAUAGUUGUGAUUCCUAGGUAAAGAGCCCCAGGUUUCUUUUAGGAAAAUACAUUCUUCUUAUUGUGUAGAAUUAUAAGAAAUAAGCAUAAAAGAAGGUAAUUUUUUUUUAUCUAUGAUUAUUUCAUAAUUUUCAUUCCCUAAAUAAAACUUUGUUAGAAUGUUAUCCCGAAAAAGGAAAGCAAAUUUUACAAAGCAGGAACUUGAGGUACUAGUUGCUAAUGUACAAGCCAGGAAAGAUAUAUUAUUCACUAAACGUAACACACCUGUAUCUAACCAAGCGAAGCAACAUGCGUGGGAAUGCAUUGCUCGUAAAGUCAAUUCUGUGGAGUCCGUCAUGGGUGAACACCGAACUGUGAACGAUGUCAGGCGGAAAUGGGUUUGUCUGCUGAGCGAAACGAAAAAAGCCGAAAUGCAACGGCGGCGCCGAAACCAAGGUGCCGACGGUGCGUCUGGGUCCUCAUUAGGACUGAGUGGUGCUUUGGCUUUAGGGAUCGGCUCAGGAGAAUAUACCCCUCUGCUCGCCGAAGCUAUAUUGAAUAUAAGCAAAAGCAUUGGUGCUAGUGCAUCUGACGGAAAAACUGGUAGUUGUUCAUAUUCAGUAGAUCGAAAUUCCUCUUUGCAUAAUUCUUUAGAAGAAGUUAAUGAACUUUCUUUGUCGGCCGGCGAUAAUAACUUUAUCGCAGGCGUUGCCCAGGUUAGUCAUGGAUUAAGUAAUAGCAGCAACCAAUUGAUCUCUAAUACUAGUGUCAACGACACAGCUGGAAAUAACACCAGUUAUCUGCAAGUCUCUUCAGUAUAUUCCCAAUCUGAUAUUCUUGAUGAUGUGGAAGACCAAUUGAAUAAUUCACCGUCCAGAAACACUCAAUCACCAACGAUGAUAAAUAAAGCAAAUGCAAAUAUUGUUUCAAAUUUAAAGGCUACCGGACGAUCAAAUGUAAAUCAACACAAUUCUGGAGCACAUCUAACACCAGAUGUAACUGCAAAUACUAUUUAUUCUGUUACAAAUAUCAACAAUCGUGAAAAUAUCACUGCUGUCAACUCUGAUCUAGGCAUCGUUCAAAUAACACCCAAUAUCAGUUCGAGUGUUUAUGGUAAUAAUUCAGUAUAUUUAGACGAAACAGGUGAUUCUAAGAUAACACUCCCUGAUGGUUCUAUUGUAUCUGUUCGGAAAAGGCGACACAGUCAGCAAAGUAACAAUGAUUUAAACAGAACUAAUUUCAAUCCGGAAGAGAUUAUAUCCGACCAGGAUGAUGACAUUCAAGAUAUUGAGAUUGAUCCCAAGCAGAUAGAUUUGAAUUCUGCUCCAGUCUAUUCUGUUUCCACUUACACCAAUAGUUCAGAUAGCGAACAAAGAGAUAAAUCUUCAUAUCAAGUCACCGCAUUAGACAGCAUCGCUGGAUCAGACACUGGAAAUAGAUUGAGAACGAAGAGGAAACGUUUACAUCAGAUAUCGGAACAUUAUUCGGAAAAGCUUUACCGAGUCGAAAAGCAGCGACUUCUAAUAGAGGAGAGACGCCUCGCCGUGGAAGAGGAGCGGUUGUCCAUAGAAAAAGAGUUACUGGCGUUAAAGAAACAACGUUUCAACGAAGAGAGACAACAGGCUAGUCACAUACAGAACUCAGCGCUAGGAAUGUCCGCAAGCCAUACCUCAACUGCUACAAUACCGUCUACGCUAGUUGAUUCUUCUAUGUUAGAAGAGAAUAUAUCUAUACACAGCAGAGAAAGAACGGGUUCGGACAAGGACAAAAAUUACCUCGAUGAAUUGCUCGUUAAAGAAGCAAAUUUGAAGAAACUGGUUUCGAAUCAUUCCGAGGAGAUCUCGAAAAGUGAUUUUGGUGGAGGGAGAUAUGAUAUAUUUGGUUUAGAAGACUCUGAAAUAUAUACAGACUUUGAAGACAGUGUUGGUAUUUCGUAUUAAAUUUGUGAUGAAAAACAAAAACAAAAA